AUGGCGAGGUUUCACUUUAAAGCUUCUGCCCGGGUCACUGAUCUCUGGCGUUUCCUGCCACCUACUCCGCCACCGACGCCACUGUCGGCUCCUGUUCCUCUGGUAGAAGAGACUGUUUGUCCGAGAAACGGCCUGACGGUUUUUGACCAUCUGAAUCGGUCCAAAGAUGAGGAGGAGAUGCGUACAUCUCACUGUGUAGGAGCUGAGAAGGAGCCGGCAAACGAGGCGAUCGAGCCAGAGACCAGCAUUCGCGAGGAGAAGAACGAGGAGGAACCGAAACCCGUUCAAGAUAGACCUCACGAUGAGAAACCGAGCCAGAACACCUCUCAAGUCUCCAACGAACCUGCAGAAGCAAAGGACGACGAAAAUGAUGGCGACAACGAAAACGACUGGGACAAGAUUGCCACGGAGUCUCAACUCCCAUCAAACACGCCCGUGCAGAUCCCCAUGAGAAGAAGAUUUAGAGCUCCAGAACAGCGGUCGCUGCACACUCUAUCGCGACCUUCGCCACUGGACCUCGCCCAAGACAGCCAGCGGGGGCAUUCUGUGCAGCCAGCUUCUCCUGCGGCCCUGACUCGCAAUGACCGGAAUCUGCGUGCGCUUGCGAGAUUUCGCCGGCCUUACAUUUGUGAUGACGUGCUUGAGGAAUACGAUAUUGUUAACAUGUACGACUGCGCAGAGGCACAGCUUGAAGAUGCCUGGUAUUCAGUGGAAUACACCGACUCAGAUAAUGAGCCGAACGUUUUCUUUGCACCUGUUUGA